CGCGGCCUUGUGGUGUUCUUGAGCGCUAGAGGAGGGCGGCGGCACGGCGCGGGUUGCGUGGAGGGGCAUCGGGCGGCGCGCAGGGCGCGGGCCUGCGAUCCAGGUGUCGGAGCUGGAAAUCUGGGGGCUAGGGUUGAUUCUGUAGCUCAAGGGUCUCGUUGGAUGCCCCAGCGAUGUCUGAUUGCCGCCACGGAUCGCCGCUGCCGCCUCUUCCUCUAGGCCGAUUGAAAUCCCGCAGCGGCGGCUCACGCCGCUGGAGCUCGUGUCCUCCCUUUUUGUAACAGCGUAGAUGUGCUGCGUCAUGGAGGUGGAAUCAGGGGCCAACGCCGCCGAUGCCGAUGAUUCCGAGUUUGUCGAGGUCGAUCCCACUGGGCGCUAUGGCCGGUAUAACGAAGUCCUGGGUCGUGGAGCCUUCAAGACAGUUUACAAGGCUUUCGACGAGGUGGAUGGUAUCGAGGUUGCCUGGAACCAGGUGAAUGUCCAGGAUGUUUUGGGAAGACCCGAGGACCUUGAGCGGCUCUACUCGGAGGUUCACUUGCUGAGGGGCUUGAAACACAAGAACGUGAUCAAGUUCUUCACGUCAUGGGUGGAUCCACGGACGAAGAAUGUGAACUUCAUCACCGAGAUUUUCACCUCCGGCACACUGCGACAGUACCGCAAGAAGCACAAGAAUGUUGACAUGAAAGCGGUCAAGAAUUGGGCUAGGCAAAUCCUUCGUGGGCUGCUGUACUUGCACAGCCACGAUCCUCCCAUUAUUCACCGCGAUCUAAAGUGUGACAAUAUCUUUGUAAAUGGGAACCAGGGAGAAGUCAAGAUUGGAGACCUCGGCCUGGCGACAAUUCUUCGUCAGGCUCAUGCUGCGCACAGUGUGAUUGGUACUCCGGAGUUCAUGGCACCGGAGCUUUACGAGGAGGACUACAAUGAACUUGUUGACAUCUACGCUUUUGGCAUGUGCGUGCUGGAGCUCGUUACUUUCGAUUACCCUUACAGCGAGUGUACAAAUGCGGCACAGAUUUACAAAAAAGUGUCGUCGGGAAUAAAGCCUGCCGCCCUUGACAAGGUCAAGGAUCCAGAGGUCAGAAGCUUCAUUCAAAAGUGCCUCGCCACAGCAUCCAAAAGGCUACCUGCACGGGAGCUACUGAAGGAUCCAUUCCUUCAGUGUGAAAGCGAUCGGGACGGCGUAGCAGAUUCCUUGCCAAGUCUUAACAAAGAUCGGGUCAACGACAUGGAAGAGCUAGUGAAGCCGAAUGAAAAGAUUAAGGCACACGGCAGCUUCGACAGUUGCCACUCACAGGAAACAGAUAAUGACGACAUAUCUAGAAAGCCUUCUAGGAACCCGUACUCGGAAUUCAAGGAUGAUACGCAGAAAAGCAAGGACUUCAAGGUGAAGGGAAAGUUGAGACAGGACAACAUAUUCUUGCGGCUACGAAUAUCAGAGCAAGGUCAUGUGCGAAACAUCCAUUUUGCUUUCGACUUGGAAGCUGAUACCGCUUUCAGCGUUGCCAGUGAAAUGGUAACCGAGUUGGACCUGUCAGACCAAGACGUAGCCACAAUCGCAGAGAUGAUUGACGCGGAGAUAUUGUCCCUGGUUCCGGACUGGAAGCCUGGCGGCGCAUUUGAUGCGGACGACGAGAAGGGUGUUGAAGAUACAGGUCCAGUUGCCGAGGCGGAAGAGCUAAACGCCACAGAGAUGCAUAGCACUGACUCGACGCAUGGGGAAGGGAUGAUGUUUGGACGCUUUGAGGAGGUUUCGGUGGGCUGCCUAUCGACCGAUACCGAUUCGGAGCCCGAGCCCACCACCGGGCUCGACAACAACGGCCAUUUCAGCCCCGCAGAAGAAGAGUAUCCGGAGUUGGUUUCUUCGUCGACUAGCAAGCAGGACAUGGUGGCACAGUGGAUCAACAGCACGUCGGGUACGUUUCACGAGGGCCUGAAGCACGGUGAGGUGGUAAACCCGGAGCAACGGGAGCAGCAACACCAGGUUUUGGCGAGCGAGGAGCAGCAGCAGGAGCAGCAGCAGGAGCAACUGCUCAAGGCGGAGAGAGAGGACGAUGGGAUAAACACAAGCGUGACUGACAUGCACACGAGCUCGGUUGGGGAUUCGGUGUCGGAGGCUACGGUGUCCGAGGUGUCGGGGGCGAAGCUGGAGGAUGGCUUCGACAACACGUCCGUUGUAGGUGGUCCGCGAGAGCGAGAGUGUGUCCCGGGCGAGCUAUGCGAGAUAUCGGUGAAUCGCAUGGACUGCGCGGUGGUGGAAGCGGCGACGCCGCAGCCGGGCACAGGUUUGUACAGGUAUUCGCCCAAAGCGCCGGAAACUGAUAACGACAUUCUCAAGAAGGAGAAGCUGCAGAGGUCGAUUGCGGAAUUGGAAGCAAGGACGCUCGAGGGGCUCUCGAAGAAGAAUGGAUACUUUGCUGGCCUGGUGAAGAAGGCGGGAGUGUAGGCUCUCCCUCGGUGGUUCGUUUUUUCCCUCUAGAACUAAUAUCUCUUUGCCAGGCCGAGGCAGGAAAGAAGAGUUUUUAUAAUUUUUUUUUUUUUGUUUUUGUUUUUGUUUUUGCUCGCGUGUUUGAGUAAGUUGCCCAUGAGUGCUAAGAUGUAAAUAGCCAAGCGUGGUGCAAGGGAGAGAUCUCGAUUGAUUUCAUGAAUAAGUUGUAGGACUGAAGGUGGUGGAAAUUGGACACAAGGGUUCAUUGAUUCUGAGUUACGAACUGAUUUAAAGUCUUGUAGCUUGAGCUAAAAUCUCAAGUUGACAGGUUUGUCGCAUUUGAACAUGGGAUUUGAAAUUUG